ACUCAUCGGCAACGCAUGGCAAUCUUAUAAUCUUAUUACUUGCAAUAUUACACUGCUAUCAAACUCUCCGGUGUCUACUGGUUCAUACUUCAUAGUUUGAUUGAUCAUAAUUAUUUUUCAAGUAUUAUCUAAGGAAUCUUGGUUUAUGAAAAGAAGGUCAAAAGUCCACUUGACUGCACUAAUAGCCAGGCUGGGCGCAAACUGCCAUUUUAUAUAAAGAGUCUUUCUUCAGCAAGCUUGGUAUUUGAUUUAUAUAUUGGCUAGCUAGUUUCAGUUACUCAUGAAGUUAGUUAAUUGUCAGUAUACUGUUUUGUGACUUUGUCCGUGUUUGUUUAUUCCAAAUUUUGGCCAUUGAUUAAUUUACAUAUAAAUAUUCCUUGAUCAUAUCCCAUCUCGUAAUCCCUGCCCCAGCAUUCACAUCUAUAUAAACCCAACAAUCCCAUCAGCCUUUUUAUUCAUCAUCAGAAACCACUGAUCAACUCUUUUCUCCCAUCAACGGGAGCAAUCUAGCUAGUUCCCGGGCUGCAGAUUAAUUAUGGAUGAAUAUCGUACGUGCAUCAUAUUUGUAGUCCUUCUUGCCAUUUCACAGACUGUGAAGAGUUCUGGUAAUGGGUGGACAAAUGCUCACGCCACUUUCUAUGGAGGCAGUGAUGCUUCAGGGACAAUGGGUGGGGCUUGUGGUUAUGGAAAUCUUUAUAGCCAGGGGUAUGGAACAAACACAGCUGCACUCAGUACUGCUUUGUUCAAUAAUGGGUUGAGUUGUGGAGGUUGCUAUGAGAUUAAAUGUGUGAAUGACAAACAAUGGUGCUUACCAGGAUCCAUAGUAGUAACUGCAACUAAUUUCUGCCCACCCAACGGCGCUCUUCCUAAUAACGCUGGGGGCUGGUGCAAUCCUCCAUUGCGUCAUUUUGAUCUAUCUCAGCCUGUUUUUCAACACAUUGCUCAAUCCAAAGCCGGAAUUAUCCCUGUGCAAUACAGAAGGGUUGGUUGUAGCAAGAAGGGUGGAAUCAGAUUUACAAUCAAUGGGCACUCCUACUUCAAUCUGGUGCUUAUAACCAAUGUGGGUGGAGCUGGUGAUCUAGUGAGUGUGUCUAUUAAAGGUUCGAAAAGUGGCAACGGUUGGAUGGCCAUGUCCCGGAACUGGGGUCAGAAUUGGCAAAGCAACUCCUAUCUUAAUGGCCAAGCCCUUUCUUUCAAGGUUACAACCAGUGAUGGACGCUCUCUUGUCUCCAACAAUGUGGCUCCUCCCAACUGGUCUUUUGGUCAAACCUACACUGGAGGCCAGUUCUAAGAUUUUAGCUCCUUGGUUAACUUCUGAUGAAUUAAUCCAAAACUAACUUGAUCCUCUGUCAUUGUUGAUAUAUUUUGGGUCUUUCUAGUGGUGCUCAAUAAUACACAAGGCACGCAACUGGAUCUGAGCAAGCCUAGCUAGCUGCUAGCUAAUACAUCUUGUUUUUUUUUUCAUGGACAUUGGCUGAGGUGAACAAAGGUGGACACCCGGCCGCUCGAUGAGUGGUUUCUAUGAAUUCUGUUAGUCGACUUGCUUUCUUAAGGAGAUGAGAGACAGGGAUAUAUAUAUAUAUAUAUAUAUAUAUAUAUAUAUAUAUAGUCCGGCUACGGUGCGGACGUCUGUACCGUGCGGACGGUACGGAUUUCCCGUUUUCCCCCACUUUCCGAUCACAUUUUCACAU